CAAUUUCUGAAAAUGCUUAGAAAGUAUUCGUUCUAGAUCACGUCCUUGUACCAUAAAUCACGGUCGGCGUCAAUCUUGCCGCCAAGUUCAUGCGGCUGUUCGGCGAGCAUCGGCAACGUUCUAUCGUCGCAUAGAAUUGACUUUGGAUUCUUCUAGUUCGGCAUUUUUGUUCUAGGAUAAGCACCUGAGUUAUUUUCGAGGGAGCUAUCAAUACCCCGUGUGGAGUGCCUGAAGCAAGAAGCUCGAACAUCGCCAUGCUAUAUCGAAGCAAGCUUAUAUUCUCGUAUACAUUUCAGUAAAACUCCUUGAACGACAGUGCAGAACAAGUCAUGGCCGAUUUUCAUGGAUUCAAAUCCGCCACUGCUCGGCUGCGUGAACUGCUCAGUCGGGAUGAUCAUAUUACGAUCUGUCCUGGUGUCUAUGAUGGCCUCACUGCCCGGAUUGCCCUGCGAGGUAAUUUCGAUUGUCUCUACAUGACUGGCGCUGGCACAGCAGCAUCUCGACUCGGAAUGCCUGAUCUUGGUCUCGUCACCAUGAACGACAUGCUCACCAACGCAGCCAUGAUUGCAUCACUGGACCGAACAGUCCCCUUGAUUGCCGACGCGGACACCGGUUAUGGCGGCCCAGUCAUGGUCGCAAGAACAGUCAAGUCAUACAUCGCAGCUGGAAUUGCCGGUCUGCACCUGGAAGACCAGGUCUUGUCCAAACGAUGUGGUCAUCUACUCGGGAAAGAAAUCGUCGACGAGGACACCUUUCUCAGCAGAAUCAGGGCAGCAGUGAUUGCCAGAGAGGAGAUGAAGGCAAGCAUCGGGGAGGUGGCUGGGGAUAUCGUGUUGAUUGCGAGGACAGAUUCACUACAAUCUCUCGGAUUUGAUGAAGCUAUAAAGAGAUUGAAGAUGGCGAUCGAAGUUGGUGCUGAUGUUGCAUUCCUGGAAGGUCCUACAGAUGUGGACCAGUGCAGACGUGCUUGCAGGGUGCUGGCACCAACUCCCGUUCUGCUUAACAACGUUCCUGGUGGAGUAACCCCAGAUUUGACUGCGAAGGAGGCGCAGGAGCUUGGAUUUAAGCUCAUGAUUUACCCUGGACUAAUGCUGACAGCGGUCUACGACAGUUGUACUGCUAGUAGCGCUGAAUUGAAAAGCACUGGCACGGUCAAGUUGACUGAAAGGCAAAUGGAAGGACCAAAAGCCUUGUUCACUACGUGUGGACUUUUGGAGUGUAUACAACUCGAUAAGAAAGCUGGAGGGCAAGCUUAUUCUAGUGGAGUGUAGAUUUGUUCUAUGAGCACAUAUUUGAGGAUUUCCUUGGCAUUGCAGUCGUCAGUC